CAAGCAAGCGAAAACGUCUCCCAAUCGCACAGGUCAUUGGCGAACCUUUUGCCUAGAUACGCGAGCACCGAAAAUGGGUGAAAGUGGCCUUUAAAGGUACAAUGUGCAGGUUGUGCAACUGGACUAGAAUCGAAAGUUCAUUUUCGCGAAGCGAAUCACCAAAACUAGUACAUUGCCAAACAGCUGCGGUAGUAGCAAGAUAACAUAAAUUAGGAUGGAAUGCGCCGCCCCAAGUGCGAUUCAGCGAGUCCUGCUCCCGUGUAACAAGAAGAAGAAUGCUGGUGGAUGCUGGAGCCCCUCUUCUUGCUGAACUCAACAUAACUCUGCUCGGACCAUCAAAAGAAGAGGAGGAAGAAGAAGAAGUAGGCAAGCGAAAACAAAAGAACAUUCGGAGGUGAACGAAAAGAAAACCCAAAACGAAACGGGCAAAGAUAUUGGGGGGAGAACCAUCGGUCAGAUCAGCAGCAUCCAGCAGGAGUGUGUGUGUGUUUGUGGGGGGAGCAGACUGAAGGGAAAGUAAUAAUAAACCCAGGGCCACGGCCAGGGAAGAAGAACUUGGUUUUUGAACGUAACAAAAAAACAGUCAGACAUACACGGGAGCAAAAGGUAUACCAGCGCAGCAUCUCAACGAGAGAAGAACGAGGAACAUAAAAUAAAAGAGCAAAAGCCAUCGGCGAGCCGUGUGUGAGUUCGCGCUGCCAUAGUUAAUCAUACUUUUGCCGUAAAGCGCGCUGGUGGUCAGCUUCGGUGCGGGAGAAAGGAAGAUGCUUUCGCGCAAAAGUAAGGACAAAUCCAUCCACAAGGAUGGGGUCGUGGGAAAGUACGUGAAGCGCGACACUCCACCGGAAAUUCCAAUCAUAAAUGUACUGACAAAUAGCGACACGCAGGCUAGGAACAAACUGAGCAAGGGUAGGAGAAGUUCCCAGCAGGCGUUCGGUGUCAACAAUGGCGGACAGAACAAUAACAUAUAUGUGCCAGGGCCGCUCAUGCCCAACAAUAACAUUAAUAACGUUCAAAAGUUUGGCAAUGUUAAGGUAUCGAUGGGUGGACUUGGUCACGAGGGCAAGUACACCCCAAGUAGCAAGAUACCGAAUCUGGCUCAGAAGUUUGUUAAUCUCUCGCUGCAGAGCGAUCAACCGAACAUUCUGAACCCGACAAACAGCGUGCUGAUGAUGGCAAACAACAAAAAUCAGAUGUCUCAACAGCAGCUUCAGCAGCCGAUGAUGAUGCCGUCGAAGCCAUCGAAUUUGAGUUUGGCAAACAACAUGACCGUAAAUCAGCACAUUAGCCCGAACAACAAUAGUCACGGAAACUAUGUCGACAUCGAGACGAUAGAUCAGAUUUUGAUGCAACAAAGCGAAGCGGCUAACCAGUAUCGUAUUCAGCAGCAAAUUCAGCAAGCCCAGCAACAACAUUUACACCAGCAGUAUCUGUCGAACUUUGAGCGUAAAUAUUCGUACAAUCAGCUGCACCAGCAUCACCAUCACCACAACAGUAACAGCAGUGUCGCAAGCAACUUCCGAAAUGGGUUCGAAAACUACGGAAAUCUGCUGCGAAACAAUAGCCCAACCGGGAUGGCCGCUGCCUCCAGCGUAAACCUGGCCGUCACGGAACAACAACAAUCGCCGUUUGUACGCCAGUAUUCGGCUCGUCAACAGCAGCAGCAGCAGCAACAACAGCUUCAACCCACUGCCGUCAAGGAUCACUACCACAUCUACGAAAAUCCGACCCAGAUCGCGCAGCAGCGCUCCGAAUCACCCAUCUACAGUAACACCAACUCGGCCACCAUCUAUCACCAGCAGCAAAGCUACAACGCCGCCGCCGGAAGUAAUCAAUCCUCGCAUCAGUCUCUCUUCUCCAGUAGCAGCACGGCUAGCAACGUUGCCAGUGUAUCUUCGUCGAUCAACUUCCUGGCGACCCGUAGCCAGUCUCAGCAGCCGCCGCAGCCUCAACCGCUGUACUCCAACGUAGAUGUCAGCGGUAUGACCUACGGCGAGGCUCUCCUGCACAAUGCCCGUCAUGGGUCAUCCAGUGCGGUCUCCCAACAGCAGCAACAGCAACAACAACAACAGCAGCAACAACAGCAACAACAGUCGGACAGUGGCAAUCCGUCCGCCGAAGAGGAGCUUCCGUUGCCACCCGGGUGGUCCGUAGACUACACGCUGCGUGGUCGCAAGUACUACAUUGACCACAACACCAAGACCACCCAUUGGUCACAUCCGCUGGAACGAGAGGGAUUGCCUACCGGCUGGGAGCGGCACGAGUCUGCCCAGCAUGGAACGUUCUACUACAAUUGCAUCACCGGUCAGGCCCAGGACAGCCACCCCUAUCUGACGUCAUGCUAUCUACAUCACGCCACCCCGGUAGAGAUUCCGCGCCCGCUGAUCUCCUCGCACAACCACUUUACGCCGCACAGCGCACUGGUUCCGGCCAAUCCGUACCUGCUCGAGGCCGUCCCCGAGUGGUUGGAGUUUUACGCGAAAUCAUCGCCGGAGAACGAUCACAAGCUCAAGUGGGACAUGUUCCAGCUGCAGCAGCUCGAGGGCAUCGCCGGCAUGCUGACCAAGCUGUUCCGCCAGGAGUGCCAGAUGAUUGUGUUCAAGUACGAGACGUUGCGGAUAGCGAUCCGCUCAAUGAUGGAAGAAAAGAAACGGCUUGCCUACAGAACCACCAACGAUUCAAAUGCCUGAACUCGUCAUUUGCUCUCUCUGAAACAGUAUCGCCGUGGAAGUCGACCCUUCAUAUUUAUGCUAACUGCUCGUUACUAGCUUAGUAUAUCAGUCUUUCGUACGAUAACGAGAUUAUUUAACCAUGCACAAUCACGCAUAGAAAUCACAUGUGCUACUUUUUAACAGUCGCAUUUUAUUUUAGCAAAAAAAGUGCCUUUCACAUCCAGCAUUUUACUCAUUUUAUUUUAAUCUAACCAAUUCUUUCAACGGUUCAUUAGUUUUCGGAAAAUUGUGAUAUCCAACAGUUCCUUGGUAACACACUAGGAAAGUAUGCUACUAACAUAAGCAAACACAAAACGGUUACAGAAUACCUUUCGGAAUGUUACACAAAGAGUGGCACAAUACGCUCACCGCUUCAUCAAUCGCUAUAGAACCGCACCCCUUCCGAGGGAACAAGUGCCUUCGCUGAGAAAGGAAGUGAAACAGUUUUGAAAAUUUACUCACUUUUAUUGUUAUUUUAUUGCAACGAUAUCUAGAGACAAAAGGUACAGUAAAGUAUAUCUACAAAAGUUCACAAA